CUUAAAUUGAGUUAUAUUUUGUCAAAAUUUUUAUUCAUUUUAUUAAUAAACAAAUUACUGUAUGAGAAAAUUAUCAUUAAUUUUCCAGAGAUCCCAGAAUGCAGCAAAGAAGAAUUAGAGGAUUUUCCCAGAAGAAUGAGAGAGUGGUUGUUUAACAUCAUGCAAGAUCUGGCUAGACGAGAAGAAUUAAAACCUCCAUAUUUAGAGUUGGAAAAGGAAGCAGAAAUUAGCCAAAGCAGAAAAUGGGUUAAUGCUGUUAUCUGGAAAUUUUGCGAUUUGGAUUCUCAUCCCCACGACAGGAGUGUUUCUAGACACGAAUUCUUUCCAAUCCGCGCACCUUUAGUUUCGUUAGAGCAUUGCAUUGCUCCAUUCUUGGAUUCUUGUGACUCCAACGAUGACCAUAAAGUUUCUUUAGAAGAAUGGGGAAAUUGUUUGGGAUUAGAGCAAAGUGAAAUCGAAGAUAAAUGUGCAGAGAUUAGAAAUUAAAACACUAUCAUUACAGAAGUGAAGCAUUUCUUUUUUAAACUUCAGAAGACAAUUUUGUCAGCUUUUUUUCAAAAGUAAUUAUUUAAACUUUUGUUUGCUAAACUUAAUGUUUCACAAAUUUGUAUCUUUGGAAAACACAUUCAAUCCGGUUUUACAUAGCCUAUAUAUAAAUAUUUAUAUAUAUAUCGUUAUUCUUAACGUUACUUUUCAUAUUUUAAUUUUUAUAAAACACUUUUGGUGAUUUUAACAAAACGAAACACUGCCAAUUACAUUAGUUCUUAGAAUUUUAAUCGCUGAAAGUGAUAUUUUCACAUUUUACAGACAAAUAUCAUGGAUGGUUGUAAGACUCUUCCUAAAUAUAAAUAAUGUGCUUAAUAAAGAUGUUAAUUUUUUAUCGAUGUUAAA